AUGGGUGUACGAGGGUUAACAACAUACUUACAAAGUGAUCCACGGAAUUUUGUUGAAUAUCAAUUACAUAAUACCACUGUUAUUAUUGAUGGAUUGAAUUUUUUAAACUUCUUAUAUUUCGAUUCUGGAUUAUAUGCACAAUUUAAUGGAGAAUAUUUAGCAUUCAGUGGAGUCAUUAGUCGCUUUAUCAAUUCAUUAAGGCGCUGUAAUAUAAACCCUAUUUUUGUCCUAGAUGGAUGUCAUGACCAUUACAAAUUGAAUACCCAAGUGAAACGUAAUCAUCAACGAAUGCAAACAUGUCGUCUAUUAUUAAAUCAUAUCAAAAAUCAUAAAUUAUCCCCUAUACAUUCUUUAUAUAAUAUUGAAUUACUUCCACCAUUAACAGUGAUUACAUUUAUUCAAGUCCUGAAUCAAUUAAAUGUAGAUUAUGUAACUUCUGAUAGUGAAGCUGAUCAAGAUGUUAUUAGUUUAGGUAUUUAUUUAAAAUGUCCUGUCAUUAGUAAUGAUUCGGAUUUUUAUAUUAGUAUACCUAAUCAUCAAGUCGGGAUCUGUUUCUUACCAUUAUCUUAUAUCUCAUUUGAACCAAUUAUAAAUACUAUCCAAUGUGAUCUAUGCCAAAAAUCUCAUAAAUCAUGUGCUUAUUUAAAAUGUCAAAAAUUUUUAAUUCAUGGACCAGGUUUAAAAAAUUUACCUACUAUUCAACGUUCAUUAUUAGCUAGUUUAUUAGGCAUUGAAUCUACGAUCACAUUACGUUAUCCUAAUCAAUUAAUUGGUUUAAAAAAAUUGAAUCAAUUAUUAUAUUAUAUUACAGAAUAUGAUCGUAAAGGUGCUUUUCAUAUAAAACAUCGUAAAGUAUACGUUGAACCAAUUCAAUUAUUAUCAUUUAAUGAUCAUGAAAUGAAUAAUAAUAAAGAUUGUCGUUUAUUAUUUCUUCAACAUUAUUUAAAUCUUGAUUAUAAUCUUAUGGAAUUAGAUAAUAAUAAUUGGUUAAUAUCUAUUGCAUUAAUUAAUGUAUUAACUUAUAAAAGUCGAUGUACACCUUAUCAUACUACUACUAAUUAUACUACUUAUAAUAUGGAUGAUAUCACUCAAUGUCCUAUCUCCCUUACAUUUGGUGCUAUUUGUAUAUGUACAUAUAUAUUAAUCAAACAUUAUCAUUAUUCUAAUCAUUUAUCCUAUUGUAAACCAUUAAAAAAACAUUUUUAUAAAUGUGCCCAGCAUUUGAUCAUCCAAUUCAAACAAUCAUCAAUGUAUCUAUAUAAAAUAAAGAAAACUAUUUAUAAUACAUUAGAUAUAUAUAAUAUACAUUAUUAUGGUCAAUUACAAAUUAUUUAUAUGACUUUAUUAACAUUAAUACAAUUAUUAGAUAGUUUAGUAAUAACAAAUAAUGAUGAAAACCAGAAAUCAAUGACAUGUUUAAAUUUUUUACCAAUUUAUAUGAUGUUUCCAAGUGGUUACCUAUUUCAUCAAAUUUAUUUUUGUAUAAAUUCAAUUCAAUCAAAUAACAAGAAUAAUAAUAAUAAGGGUAGUAAUAAUAAUAAUAAUAAUAGUAAUAACAAUGAUAAUAAUAAUAGUAAUGAUAAUGGCAAUAAUUAUAAUAAAAGUAAUAAUAAUCGCAAUGAUAGUAAUAAUGAUAAUAAUAAUAAUAGUAAUGGUAAAGAUAGUAGUAGUAAUAAUAGUAAUUAUAAUAGGAAUGAUAAUGAUAGUAACAAUAAUAGUAAUAAUAAUAACAAUAGUAAUAAUAAUGAAAAUAAUAAAAACAGUAAUGAUAAUAGUAGUAGUAAUAAUAAUAAUAAUGGUAACAAUAAUAAUAGUAAUGAUGAUAAUAGUGAUAAUAAUAAUGGUAAUAAUAAUAAUAGUAAUAAUAAUGAUGCUAACAAUAGUAAUAAUGAUAACAAUAAUAAUAAUGAUUAUAAUAAGAGUAAUCAUAAUAGUAAUAAUAAUGACAACAGUAGUAGUAAUAAUAAUGAUGAUAAUCCACGUUAUGAUUAUGUAUGUAAUGUAAUUAUUAAAACAUUAUUAAAUUAUCAAAAUUAUUCUAAACAUUAUUAUAAUGAUGCAAUUAAUUUAUUUAAUCAAUAUUUAAAAAUUAGUUCAAAUCAAUUAAAGAAUGUAUCUUAUCAAUAUCCAUUAAAACCGGUUUCUAUGAAACCCCCCUCUGAAAAUGUUAUUCAUAUUAAUAAUAAUAAUAAUGAUAAUAAGGAUAUCAAACAAGAUUCAUUACCCGUAGUAACAAAUAAAAAAACUAAUUCAAAUCAAUUAAAAAUGAAAAAUAAAAAAAAAUUGAAAAAAUUUUUAAAAAAAAAUUCAUCUCAACAACAAUUAUCCUAUCAUGAAAUAGAAGAGAAAGUUAAAAAAAUUAUGUUAGAAAAUGAUUUAUUCGAUUAAAGGUAUGUUAUUUUAAAAGGUAUAAAUUGAAAUCUAUUUUUGUGUAAACAUUUUUUUAAAAAAAAGUUUUGAAAGAAAAAGAAAACAAUAUAUGGUAUUUAUGAAAGAAUUUUUUAGUGUUCUAUAUUCAUCAGAUUGAUAUUGGAUAUUGGUGAGACAAGCUAAUCAAAAGCGUUUAAGGGAUUUGAAGGGUACGGCACCAAUUUCAGUACCUGAUGUUCAUGUAUGAUCGAUUCACAGAGAAUUUUAGAGUAGACUGCCCCCAAAUACCCUGGUAAGGUCGAAAGUGUGGAGAGUCCGCUCUUUUUCUCGAAAUGCUCUCAAAUGGCCACGCGUAUAUAGCCUCUG